UCUAGUCAAAAACCCAUCAGAGGAGUUCUGUCUUGGUAAAAACACGAAGAAAGAAUAAAAAAAGGCAAUUGUCAAAUUCAAGGAGACAUUACAAGAUCCAUCUGAAGAAGGAGGGAAUAAAGAAGCAGAAGGAAACAUAGAAGAAUACGAAGCUAGCAAUGGACAAGAAGAUCAAGCAAGCAGUGGAGAAGAAGAAACCAGAGAAGAAAGUGAAGAAAUAGAAGCAGAAGACAAAGAACAAAAUGAACAGAAAGAAGAAGACAGUGAACAAGAAGAUGAAGAAGAAGAUGAAUAGCAAGAAGAGAACAAGGAGGAAAGUGAUGAAGAAGAACGUAAUGAGCCGAUGGACCAACAACGUGAUAUCAUUUGUGGCUCAACAGUGCAUCAGCCUCAAGAAUUUGGGGAAUCAAAGGAUGCCCAAAUUGCUGAUCUACGUCAAAGACUGAAGGCACUUUCUCAAUCUAAAAAAGAAGAAGAGAGAAAUUGGAUUAAAUUACUUGUUGAAAAGGAUAUUGCAAUAAGAAUCCUGACAUCACUUCACUUAGAACUUCAAGAAAAAGAAAGCACAAUCCAAAUAAAACUAAGGAUGUUGGAGGUUGAAAAAGAAGACGAUACAAAAACAAUUCAACAGUUGAGGUGUUCAAAUUCGGAGCUUGAAAUUGAAAAUGCUAAAUUGCAUGAACAAGUUCAAGAACUAUCCGUCCAACUAGCAACACAACCAUACCGAACACCAACACAACUUCAACCACAAGUUGGAAUGCAAGUGGAACAACAACCAACAACCCAACAAGAGCAAAUCCCACACAAACAACAACCGAAACAAAAGAAGAAACUCUAUGGUAACUACAAAAUAUUGAAUUAAAUAAAUUUACAUAUUGAAAUAUCAUCUGUUGCUUCAGAGAAAUUUCACUUUUCCUAAUAUUUUCACUGCCUACAGUCAAAAAAGAUCCAACCUCAAUGAUAAAAAAUUUAAAGGCAAAAGAAAGGAAGGAAAAGCAGCAUGAUCCAGAAUUCCAAUAUCCGAAAGUUACGAAAGUGACUAGAGCUUCAAAACAAGCUGCAAAACAAGUUGAGCAAAGCACG